AUGCCCUUCCUACCAGUCCGGCGGAAAGCCUCAACUCCUACCACCUCAUCGUCCAUGAUCUCGUCUCCCAUCGUCUCAUCCGCUACUUCGUCGCCUACCGACCCUGUGCCUUCGCGAUCGUCAUCAGGCCACUCGUCGCACCCCUCGGACGCCACCCAGUCGACCGUCCCUACAGCCAGCAGUGUACAUCGCGCUCAAGCAUCAAUAAAAUCCGUACCUUCGAUUGCGCCGAGCACCUCCGCCUGCACACUGGACCCGGAAGACUGGUUUUCGCGCUUCCGAGGCGACUUGGACAUCAGUGAUGAACUGCCAUCUAAAAAGACGCUCCGAGAGGCAGCAGGCAUCCCCAUCUUCGCAGCCGACGGCACGAGUCGCGCGUUCGGAAGCUUGUACGAAGGCGACAACGUCAUCGGAGAGCGGCAACUCGUGCUCUUCGUGCGGCACUUCUACUGCGGCGCCUGCCAAGCAUACCUCCGCGCGCUCACCAAAUCGAUAACGCUCCAGACGUACUUCACCAUGUCGAUACCAACCUCCAUCAUCAUAAUCGGGUGCGGUUCGCCGAACCUGAUCCCGCACUACAAAGCGCAGACCGGAUGUCCCUUCCCCAUCUUCGCCGACCCGAGCCGGAAGCUGUACAAAGUGCUCGGCAUGUCCUGGACGCUCGACAUGGGGCCUAGAGCAGACUACAUGGUCGACAGAGAGGGCAAAGAGAUCAACGAGCUCAAGUGGGUAUCCGGUCAGAUCAAAGACUGGGCGGUUGUAGGAGCGGGAAAGGGCACGCCGCUACCCGAUCCCGCGAGCAUGUCGCGGCCGCAGUCGCGGCACAAGGCGCUUACGGACGCCGAAAGGGAGGCGGAGGAGGCGAGGGCGAAGGCGGAGAAGAAGAAGAAGCUGGCGAGGAGGAACAUGUUCAAGGGCGGGAACAUGCUGCAGAUUGGCGGGGAGUUCUUGUUCCGGGAUGGCGAGGUGGAGUGGUGUCAUCGGAUGAAGAAUUAUAGGGGCCAUGCGGAUAUCCAGGUCCUGAGGCGGGUUUUGGAGAUUGACGAUGACGACGACAAAGAGAUGAAUGAUUGA